GGGUCCCUUGGGCCUCAGGACUUUCCACAAGCGUUUAGGUCUCUAUGGCGAUGCCCCUGGCUGCUGGUGCGGAAACACAGGUGAUAAGGCGGAGGCAGGUGCCGGGCAACCAUAGGCGAGAAGCUUUGGCUGCAGAAAACUACGGAGGUCCAUCUUGAGGGUCUAAGACUGACUGCCUCCCCUUUGCCCGAAAUCUGUGGAGCCCCCCAGGCCGGCCUGCAGCGAGUUCCCACCACUCCAGGGAAGCCGGCGCGCCACACUCCGAGGCUGGCUGUUCUGGAGGCGCCCAUGCCCCUGAUGGCUGCUGCUGUGCCGAGGCCUAGGGGCUCCCUCUGGGACUCCACUUCCCUUGGUGCUGAAACGUCACCCUUCCUGCGCCCUCAGAGGCCAUGACUCAGGUGCAAGGAGUCCAUUUUGCCUAGCCCCCUGGUCUCAUGCAGCCGUUCAGCAUCCCCGUUCAAAUUACACUCCAGGGCGGCCGGAGGCGCCAGGGGAGGACAGCCGUUUCCACCUCAGGGAAGAAGAGAAACACAGAUCACAAUGAUGCAGAACCCCCAGAUUUGCAUAAGACGCUGCCAUCCAGUGCUGGAGAGGACCGAGCCUUGCUCCUAGGGUUUGCAAUGAUAGGUUUCUCAGUCAUGAUGUUCUUCUUGCUUGGAACAACCAUCCUAAAGCCUUUCAUGCUCAGCCCUCAGAGAGAAGAAUCGAACUGCACCAUCAUCCAUACACACAUCAUGGACGACUGGCUGGACUAUGCUUUCACCUGUGGUGUGGACUGCAGUGGCCAGGGGAAGUACCCGUGUCUUCAGGUGUUUGUGAACCUCACCCAUUCGGGUCAGAAAGCUCACCUGCAUUAUAAUGAAGAGGCUGUCCAGAUAAAUUCCAAGUGUGAUGUUACAGACUGCAAAGUUAAAGAAAGGCAGACAUUGACAGUUUCUGAUGAGCACAAACAGCAAGUGCAGUCACAGGCCAAACUUCUUGCGAGGAACAGCAAGGCCAGGAAAAGGUCUUAAAUGUAGUGACACUGAUUAUUCUAUAUUCUCAAUACAGUAACACAUGCAUCUUGCUGUGUCAAAUACUUUUUGGGCCAUCAUUAAAGGAAUAUUUAAAACAUUUUUCUUCUAACUAAUGAAGUAUAUCACAGGAAUUCAAUUCAUUGGAUGACAAAAAAGAAAUAGAUUUGCUACAGUUAAUGGGGCUAAAAAAGGUGGUUGGAGCUCCUCUUUGAAGCUUCUAGAGUAAACAUUUGAUGUGUUAGUAGUCUUCUUUUGGCAGUUUUACAUUCCCCAAGAUAUUAACACUGUAUAUGUUAUGUACCAAAGGACAAAUCCUUUUAGAUUUUAUUCAAUCCAAACCUUUUAAGUCCAAAGACUGACUCACACUGAAUCCAUUAAAUGCAUUUGAAACAGAUUCCACAGCCAAAAACAUUUCUAGAAAUUAGAUGAAGGCAAGCUCUCCAACCACUUUUAGGAACAUAAAUUAAGUCUGAUAAGGUUUUUUUUUUUUUUUUUAUGAAAUUAAUAGAUAAUUAUCACAUUUGGAAAUCCAUACUAGAAUUAAGGAGCAUAAUCUUAUUAAAGACAUUUUAAGAAAAUAUAAAGAGAAAAUAUGAACUUUUCUGCUUCUUUGCUAACCAGAAGGAUUAACAAAAAUAGGAAUUACCUAAAAAUAUACAUGGCCUUUAGCAUAACCACAAAAUUAUUGUAGUGACAGAUUAAAUAAAGUUGUAGUAGAUCCAGAGACUUUAAUUGGCUUACGAAAUGCAUUACAACCCCUUGCAGUAUUUACCAACAUGAGGAAUGAAGAUUACUGAUGAUAGUGAAAAUCACUUAUCUAAGUACACUAAAUGUGAAUGCACUGAUUUCAAUUUUUCCUGCACUAAAACUCUUAAAUGUAGUUGUGUAAAAAUUAAGUCAAAAUUCCUUAUCUGUCACUUUAUGCCAAUUAGCAUGGUUGGAAUAUUAACAUACCUAAAAACAAACAAAAAGAAUGGCGCUGUAGUAAUAAAAAUGAAGUGCAAAACUUUAAUCAAGUGGAACACUCGAAUGAAGUAAGUUUAUUUAAAGACUAUCAUCCCAACUUGGGAAACCCUUCACAGACUGUAAACAUUUCUGAAUUUUAUAAACUUAAUGUUUACACCCUUUAUAAAAGAUGCCUCUUGACUAGGGGAAUAGCAAGAAGUGUGUACACAAAUAGAAUAGAUGUGUGCGAAUAUACACACACGAAUAAUGAAAAGAGAGCAAAACUAAUUUAAAAUGCUAUAUGCAAGAACACAGGACCAUGAACCUCCUGGUACUAUGGGCUUUUCCAAAUGGCUGGAGCAAUGAUGAAAUUUUAGUAAAAAAAACUUUUUUUCUUAGUGUCUCCAAUGCUUUUAAAAGACAAGGCAUGCCAACUCUGACUUUAUAAAAGUAAAAUACAGUGCUUUGCAAAAUUUCUGUAAUGUCAGUGUCUCAAGUAUUGAAUUCUGACUUAUCUAAUUUUUUCCCCUAUUGUCUGGCCCCUUACCACCUAGACUAAUCUGAGGUUGAGCUACAACUUGAUUUUAUCAGGACCAUAGAUAGUUAUCUGGAGCUAAACUCCAUCUUUUCAAGGAGUGAAAAUAUUUUUUUAAGAGAAAAGAAAAAAAAAGAAAAGAAAAGAAAAGAAAAAAGGCUUUCCAGGCCACGGCAUGUAAGAUACAUUUACAAUUUUAAUGUAAUAAUUAAAAAAUUAAAAAAUGGUUUUGUGUUUGUACUUUAAAAAACAGCCCAGCUGUAUUAUUCUGCCACCAAGAAUUAUUAUCUGAGGAUCCUGUCAAUGCCAAAUUUUACAGACCAGCCCUCACAAUCCCAUCCUUUUUGAAGAGUUAAUUCACUCAUGGUAUGAACCAUAUACUCUCACAACUUUCAGCCUUGUCUUUAUACAGUGCCCCAUCUGAGCAGGAUGGAUAUGAAGAAUGUAAUUCAUCUGAACAACUCCCCCCUGGUUCCACCCUCUCCCUCCACAUUCCCCUCUUUUCAAAAACAUCUGAAUUAUGAAAGUUGUUUUUAAAUAGUAGAAGCACCACAAUGUAUUAACUGAAAUCUUUAAACUGAAAUAUUUUAGUGAUGUCUUAGGCAUCAAAGUACUUUCAUAAGGCAGACUUUGACUGUGGGUCCAGCCCACGCCUGCAGUUUGUACAGCUAUAGAAACAAGUGGAGCUUAUAAUAUUCAGAAAAAAUUAACAUGCUGGCUUUAAAAAUAAUGCUAGAAAUUAAAUUUCUUCAGAGUUGGCAAGCAUGGGCUAUUGGUCAGAAGAGGAAUUAAAUGGAUUUAUAAAAUCAUUAAGAAACAAAUCCAAGUUUAUGAGCUGUGAAAUUUCUAUGAUGUCUUUCAGAGACAGGCUGCUCAUAAUUUUUUAAUAAUGCCAAAUCACUUAAUUUUUGAUGGAAAAACAAAUACAGAUGGACUGUGUUUUACCUUUGUGAAAAUUACCAAUCAUUAAAAUAAAAUCCAAGAGUGUGUGUACAUUCUAAUCAAGUCAUUUUCCUAAUUAAUAAAAACUACACUUUACACAAAAUAUUUUAUCAGCAGCUGUUUUCAUAAAAAAAAAAAAAAAAACAAACCAAUAGUCAUCGUUUCACAGUUGAAAAAGUUAUACAUUAAAAUAUUUUACAAUUCAUUAUAUAUUUACCAGGUUCCCAUUUCCUAAUGGGCUUAUAAUAUAAAGCAGGUUAGAAGGGAAAACCUCAAAGUUGAUUACUUUGACACUAAGUUUUACAGAGGACGCUAAGAACCAUAAGAAGCUUCAGUUCGAUCAUAAAAUAGACCAAAUUCCAUUCUUCUUUAAAAAAUCCAAUUAAAAACAUUUUUAAAAAAUUCCACAAUAUGAAUAACAGAUUUCAAAUUAACAGCAGUCUAAAAAUCUUCAAAAUAAAUGUUUUCUAUCAUUGUGAAAAUGGCAAAAAGUUAAAGCAUGAUAUUCAAACAGUUGAUUAUUUCUUGCUAGAAUGUGUUGAAAAUUAAGUUUUAUUUUCUUUAAACCUACCUUUCUUUUUUCCCCAAAAUAAUCAUUGAAGGAAAUAUUUCUCAAGUGAUCCAAUUAAAUUUUAGAGCCAAUAGUCAGUUAGAACACAUGAAAUGAGAGGGAUGAAGGAACUGACCAACCCAUGGGAACUAACCUCUGAUACUGAAGUACCUAGAAGUGGCUAUGCUCUCACUGCCUUGAAAGAAAUCCUAAUCACCCCAGUUCAAUUUCUGGUUCCUUGUCUUUCAGAGUACUGCCUGUCUCUUCUAUUUUUGAGAUUGUCUGCUUAAACUCUAUUUGGAUUUGCUUAAAAUUUACUUUGCUUUUAGAUCACUUAAUCUAUGUUCUUUACUGAAUUUGUCUAUAUUGCUUGAAACAGAAUUAAUUUGGUUGUAAUAACUCUUAAAAAUAAAUGUAAAUGAUGAAAGAAGCCAUGUGGCUUGUGUUUUAAUGGGAGAAAGGUUCCAGAAAAAAAUCCCAAAACAACAAUCAACUAUCUGUACUGAUGUGAAAAAUGCAAAAAUUUUAUAAAUUUUGUGCAAGGAAACUCAAGGCUUUUUUUGGCACUCGGGUAAAACACAGUUCUCUGUUAAAUCUUCGGUUUCUACCAUCAA